UAUUUCGAUGAUUGUCAGGUUGCCUCUCCUGCUUCUCCCGCUGGUGGCCGCAGACCUAGCGCAGCAGGCACCAUGGGCGGGCCCCAGCCUAUGGCCGGCCAACUACGGCGACCGACAGCCCUCCUUCGCCGACAGGACGGUCGGCUCCCCCGAGCAGGCAGACGAGACAGCGCAGGACACCUCCGGCGCCGUCUCCGACGAUGACUUACGCUGCGACCAGCGUCCGAUUUACGAGGCGAGAGACGUCGCCCACCUGAAGUCUUGCUCGGGCGCCAAUAAACGCAAUGAUAAGAAGCCUAUCGAAGAGGAGAUGGAGGGCGAGGGUCGCCCCCGCGGCCCCGAGGUCUUCAUCCUGUUCCUGAACGUCAACUGCACCCCGGGGACUGGCCAGCACCCGAUCUGCUACAGCUGCAUGUGUUCCAGGCAAUUUCAUUGGGCGAAUGAGGCCCACGCAGACCGAUUCCACGAUGACAUGACCAUCCAUGCCACGGUGGACUUACCUGGGGAGCGCAGGGCAGGCACCGACAAGAAGGCCGCACCCGACAGGCGCAAAGGCCGGCGUCAUGACAAGCAAAAUAGUCGGAAAGGCAAGGGCGCCAGCAGCCGCUCCGCAAGUGAAAACGAACGAGAUAAAAGAGAUUCCUGGAAAAAAGAAGGCAGUAGAGAUUCCUUGGAAAAGGAAGAGUAG